CCUCCUCCCCCUGCACUAUAUCUCUCCCUAUCUCCUUAUUCCACCCCAGUGGAAUCCUGGUCCUUGGGUCCUUAUCGUGUUCCCACAGAGAGAGAGAGGUUAGAGAUGGCCAUGUAAGGGACUAUGGUACCCACUGCAGGCUUAUUAUAGGAGAGCAGAUGAUAAGAUGGGCCAUACAUAUAAACCCUCCCCACUAAUCACACAUAGUCCUGGACCAAGAGAGACAUCGCACCACACACAGACAUGGCCAGUAAGAAGGCUGCUAAUAAGAGACAGAGGGGAGCCCAGAAGAGCUGCUCCAAUGUCUUCUCCAUGUUCGAACAGUCCCAGAUACAGGAGUUUAAGGAGGCUUUCGGCUGUAUUGACCAAGACAGAGAUGGUGUCAUCAAAAAACAGGAUCUGAGGGAAACCUAUGGACAGCUAGGAAAGCUGAACGUAAAGGAUGAGGAGCUGGAUGAGAUGUUGAACGAGGGGAAGGGUCCCAUCAACUUCACUGUUUUCCUCUCUUUGUUUGGGGAGAAACUCAAUGGCACAGACCCUGAGGACACCAUCCUCGCUGCCUUCAAGCUCUUUGACCCAAACGGCACAGGCUUCGUCAACAAGGAUGAGUUUAGACGAUUACUGAUGAACCAGGCUGAUAAAUUCACAGCAGAUGAGGUGGAUCAGGCCUUCUCUGUGGCUCCAAUUGACGUAGCCGGCAACAUCGACUACAAGUCACUGUGUUACAUCAUCACACACGGAGACGAGAAGGAGGAGUCCUAAAGACCCUCUGACACCUGAUAGGGCAGAACUGGAAUCUCCUCUGUGCUCGUCUUUUGCCAAUACACUAAAGAAAUUUCAAAAGUCAA